UGAUUGCUCUGUGCAGGUGUAUAGACGAUCUCUCUGACUAUGGCUUUUAUUGAAACAUUACUUUUGGAGGGCUCUGGCACAGGUACAGUUUUAGGUGCCCUACUGUUGUGUUUGGUUAUUUACCUGUUCUCCAUCAGCUACAGCUCUCAGGAUGAGGGUAACAAUUAUCCUCCGGGACCCAAACCACUGCCACUUCUGGGGAACCUGCACAUACUCAACCUCAAGAAAACCUACAUGAGUCUUUGUGAGCUGUCAAAACAAUAUGGGUCAGUUUACACAGUGCACUUUGGCCCCAAAAAAGUAUUAAUAUUGUCAGGAUACAAGACUGUCAAACAGGCACUAGUGAACCUUUCAGAGGAGUUUGGAGACAGAGAUGUUACACCCAUAUUUCAUGAUUUCAACCAGGGAUAUGGGAUCGUGUUUUCCAAUGGUGAAAACUGGAGGGAAAUGAGACGCUUUGCUCUUUCUAGCCUGCGAGACUUUGGAAUGGGCAAGAGAAGAAGUGAAGAGAUUAUCACUGAAGAAACAAAAUAUUUAAAAGAGGAAUUUGAGAAGUUUGAAGGAAAACCAUUUGAAACAACUCUGCCAGCUGCCAUGGCUGUUUUAAAUGUCAUCUCUGACAUCAUCUUCAGCACCAGAUUUGAGUAUAGCAACACCAAGUUACAUCACAUUGUCCAACGAAGUCACGAAAACACAAGGUUGUUUGGAUCUACUUCAGUUCAGCUCUACAACAUGUUUCCUUGGAUUCGUCCUUUUGUGGCCAAUCAGAAACGCAUUGUGAACAAUGUGAAAGAAGCGAUCAGACAAAGCAAGGAAAUAAUAAAAGGUCUGAAAAAGACUCUGAACCCUCUGGACCCCAGAGGAAUUGCUGACUGUUUCCUGAUACGACAGCAAAAAGAGGAGGAAUCUGGCAAAACAGACUCUUUGUACAAUUCAAUGAAUUUACAUUGUACAAUAAACAACUUAUUUGGUGCUGGUACUGACACUACGGCCACAACACUACGCUGGGGUCUUCUGCUCAUGGCCAAAUACCCUGAAAUACAAGCCAGGGUUCAAGAUGAGAUUGACCGAGUGAUCGGUGGACGUCAGCCAAUGGCAGAAGACAGGAAAAACUUACCUUAUAUAGAUGCUGUGAUCCAUGAAACCCAGAGAUUUGCAAGCGUAAUACCCAUUAAUCCCCCUCAUCAGACCACCUGUGAUGUUCACCUGAAUGGAUACCUCAUCAAGAAGGGUACCAGUGUGUGGCCGCUACUGGCAUCUGUACUGAGAGAUGAAAAUGAGUGGGAAACUCCUGACAGCUUCAACCCAAGUCAUUUCCUAAAUGAACAAGGCCAGUUUGUCAAAAGAGAUGCCUUCAUGCCCUUCUCAGCAGGCCGCAGGGUUUGUCCUGGAGAGGGUUUGGCCAGAAUGGAGCUCUUCUUGUUCUUCACCUCCCUCCUUCAGCAUUUCCGCUUCACUCCUCCCCCAGGAGUGUCUGAAGAUGAGCUGGAUCUCUCACCAGUCGUGGGCUUCACUCUGAACCCGGCCCCCCACAAAUUGUGUGCAGUCAAACGGUCUUAAAGUUAUAUGGAUGCUAUAUAAUGUGUGUUACUUUAGGUUUUUUUUCUCCUCACUUGUACCCGUCUUGUCUUGUCUUGUCUUGAAAUACCAUACAUAACUCGUUUAUGAACACUAACUUAACAACAAUAAUAAUAAUAAUAAAUUAUAACCACUAUCAGUUCCUCCCUUCCGUCCAAUCUGUCAGAGUUGAGUUGGUCCACAACAAGUACGCACAUGUGUCAAUUUUUUAACGGCUACAGAAAAUGAAUCAAAAUGGACAGACGUCAAUUGAGUGGUUUUGCAAAAAGAAAGUUAAAGACAGACAAGGACUCUAGAUGUUUAGCUAAAAUUCAAAAUGUUCCAGGGAUCUAAGUUUUUUUUUUUUUUUUUUAAAUGAGUGAAGAAUGAGCUCAGGGCGACAAUGACACAGAAGCGAUUGACUGUACUCUCCCUGUUUACCAUUGAAGUUAAAGUUAAAACAUUACCAUCUACAGCCGCUAGAGGGCGAUCUAUGCUGCU